AUCGCGAACAAUCCCCUUUCGUUUUCGAAGCACGGCGAUGGCUCGUAGGAACAGCAUCCGAAGACAUUUUCGCGGACCCCUGGCGUGGUAGCGAUUCACCAUACUCUUACCGCGUUUCUUUUAGGACAAGGGGAACACAUUCUCAUCUGUAGACUACGGGGCAGAAUAAGUUAUCACUUGGAUCUCCGUGUUCUCAGACCUACAUCCUGGUCCUCUUAGUGAAUAUGUUUUAUCUUUUUUUCGGAAAGUAAAGACUGUUUGGAUUGUUUUGCCUCACUUUUUGCCUGCUGUACUUGUCAGUAACAAGUUAUGUAAUAUCUCCAUUCAACUUUAGGCCAUAUUUAAUUCACAAAAAGCCUUUUAGAGGGGGAAAUUGAUUCUAUCAGAUUUUCUGAACUGAUUUUCCGUCUCUGCAGUCAUGUUGUCAAGUUAGAUUCCAUAUGCAGAGAAAACAAGGGCGACUUGAUCAUAUAACGUUAUCUCUAAACAUAAACAAAACAUUAUCUUGAAGAAAGCCUCGAUCUUUCUGCAGCUCAGUUGAUGUUGCUCUAGCAGCCUAGGAGACGUCAUAGGUCCAGACUGGAGGGUGCAACAGGGAUUCCGCUCAGGCAGGAAAGGGGAUUUCUUCUACCGCCCAAGACUCGGGGUUAGAAUGUAUUGAUUGCCAGAUUUGAAGAGGCAAAACCACUUGGACUGACUGAUUUCCAGCUGCUUGGGAGCUGCGGCGUCAUCUCAUCUGAACGGCACUAUAGACAGAAUACGCCAAGAGGAUCCCUCGCGUAAAAGCAUGUUGCACCAGUCCAGCUGCUCACCCAAGAGUCUCUGCAUCUGAUCCCAGACCUGUCCCCCGAAUCCCUUCCCAAACUACAACUGACCACAGAUCAGCCUUGAGAUCAGACGCACCCCUCUAAGGAGUUCAUCUCUUUACCCUUCACCUUGAACCGGUUUACUGCUAUCCAGUCUUAAGGUUUACAGCCAACGGUCCGAAUCAUCGACCCGGUUCGACACGACCAAGCAUUCCAAAAUGGCUAACAACACUGCGGACCACGCGGCGGCCAACUCGGUGGCGGAUGGCGAGGGUGAGUUUGGCAUCACGGUAAUGGACCUCCGGGAGCUGAUGGAGUUGAGAUCCACGGAGGCUGUCAACAAGAUCACCGAGAGAUACGGAGACGUGCAGGGAAUCUGCCGCAGGCUCAAGACCUCACCUAUUGAGGGUCUCUCUGGAAAUCCAGUGGACUUGGAGAAGCGCCAUGCAGCAUUUGGAAAGAAUUUCAUCCCUCCCAAAAAGCCCAAGACCUUCUUGCAACUCGUGUGGGAGGCCCUACAGGACCUCACCCUCAUCAUCCUGGAAAUCGCCGCCAUAAUCUCCCUGGGCCUCUCCUUCUACCAGCCUCCAGGGGGCGACGCCGAGGCAUGUGGACAGGCGUCAGGGGGCGUGCACGACGAGGGCGAGUCUCAGGCCGGCUGGAUUGAGGGUGCGGCCAUCCUCAUCUCGGUCGUCAUUGUGGUGCUGGUGACAGCCUUCAACGACUGGAGCAAAGAGAAGCAGUUCCGCGGUCUCCAGAACCGCAUCGAGCAGGAGCAGAAGUUCACCGUCAUCCGCAAGGGCCAGGUCAUCCAGAUCCCCGUGGCCGAGAUCGUGGUGGGAGACAUCGCUCAGAUCAAAUAUGGUGACCUGCUGCCGGCUGAUGGAGUGAUGAUCCAGGGUAAUGACCUCAAGAUCGAUGAAAGCUCAAUGACCGGGGAGUCUGACCAGAUCAAGAAGUCCCUGGAGAAGGACCCCAUGCUGUUGUCUGGCACUCACGUGAUGGAGGGGUCUUGUCGGAUGGUGGUCACCGCCAUCGGGCUCAACUCUCAGACUGGCAUCAUCUUCACCCUCCUGGGCGCUGGAGAGGAAGAGGAGAAGAAGGUGAAGAAAGGUAAAAAACAAGGACCCCCUGAAAAUCGCAACAAAGCUAAGACCCAGGAUGGCGUCGCUCUGGAGAUCCAGCCCCUCAAGAGCGAGGAAGGCGCCGAGCUGGAGGAGAAGGAAGAGAAGGAGGAGAAGGAGGUGAAACGGGUCAACGUCACCAAGAAGGAGAAGUCCGUGCUGCAGGGCAAGCUGACGCGGUUGGCUGUGCAGAUUGGGAAGGCAGGUCUGAUCAUGUCGGCACUUGUCGUCGUCAUCCUUAUCCUCUACUUCGUCAUUGACACCUUCGCUGUCCAGGGCCUCUCCUGGACGAAAGAGUGCACCCCCAUCUACAUCCAGUUCUUCGUCAAGUUCUUCAUCAUCGGCGUGACCGUGCUGGUGGUGGCAGUGCCCGAGGGACUGCCCCUGGCUGUCACCAUCUCCCUGGCCUACUCGGUUAAGAAAAUGAUGAAGGACAACAACCUGGUACGGCACCUGGAUGCCUGCGAGACCAUGGGCAACGCCACGGCCAUCUGCUCUGACAAGACCGGCACGCUCACCAUGAAUCGCAUGACGGUGGUGCAAGCGUACAUCGGCGGCACGCACUACCCCUCGGUUCCCGACCCCGAGGCCAUCAAGCCCGAGACCUUGGAGGUCUUGGUCAACAGCAUCUCCAUCAACUCUGCCUACACCUCCAAGAUCCUACCUCCGGAGAAGGAGGGUGGCCUGCCGCGGCACGUGGGCAACAAGACAGAGUGCUCACUGCUGGGCCUGGUGCUGGACCUGAAGCGGGACUACCAGCCCAUCCGCGAGGAGGUGCCCGAAGAGAAGCUCUACAAGGUCUACACCUUCAACUCGGCCCGCAAGAGCAUGAGCACCGUGCUGAAGAACACCGACUGCCCCGGCUAUCGCAUGUACAGCAAAGGCGCCUCCGAGAUCGUCCUGCGCAAGUGCUCUCAGAUUCUUGAUUCCUCGGGUGUGGCCAGGCCAUUCAAGCCCAAGGACCGUGACGAGAUGGUGCGCAAAGUCAUCGAGCCGAUGGCGUGCGACGGGCUGCGGACCAUCUGCGUGGCCUAUCGGGACUUCCCUGGCGAGGUGGAGCCAAACUGGGACAACGAGGCCGAGAUCCUCAAUGACCUGACGUGCAUUGCCGUGACGGGCAUCGAGGAUCCUGUUCGGCCAGAGGUGCCUGAUGCCAUUUCCAAGUGUCAGAGGGCAGGUAUCACUGUGCGCAUGGUGACUGGGGACAACAUCAACACGGCGCGCGCCAUCGCCACCAAGUGCGGCAUCCUGCAGCCCAACGAGGACUUCCUGUGCAUGGAGGGCAAGGAGUUCAACAGGCAGAUCCGCAACGACAAAGGGGAGGUGGAGCAAGAACGCUUAGACAAGGUGUGGCCCAAACUGCGUGUGCUGGCUCGUUCCUCCCCCACAGACAAACACACUCUGGUCAAAGGCAUCAUCGAUAGCACAGUCGGAGAGACCAGACAGGUUGUCGCCGUGACGGGAGAUGGAACCAAUGACGGCCCCGCUCUCAAGAAGGCCGACGUGGGAUUCGCCAUGGGUAUCGCUGGAACAGACGUGGCCAAGGAGGCAUCUGACAUCAUCCUGACAGAUGACAACUUCACCAGCAUCGUCAAGGCCGUGAUGUGGGGACGCAACGUCUAUGACAGCAUCUCCAAGUUCCUGCAGUUCCAGCUGACUGUCAACGUGGUGGCUGUCAUAGUCGCCUUCACUGGUGCCUGCAUCACUCAGGACUCUCCCCUGAAGGCUGUCCAGAUGCUGUGGGUGAACCUGAUCAUGGACACACUGGCCUCAUUGGCCCUGGCUACUGAGCCGCCCACAGAGUCACUGCUGCUACGCAAGCCCUACGGCAGGAACAAGCCGCUCAUCUCCCGCACCAUGAUGAAGAACAUCCUGGGCCACGCCGUCUAUCAGCUCGUCAUCAUCUUCACUCUGCUGUUUGCCGGAGAGAAAAUUUUCGACAUCGACAGUGGCCGCAACUCGCCACUGCACGCGCCUCCCUCUGAACACUACACGAUCAUCUUCAACGUCUUCGUCAUGAUGCAGCUCUUCAACGAGAUCAACGCUCGCAAGAUCCACGGCGAGAGGAACGUGUUUGAAAGCAUCUACCGCAACCCCAUCUUCUGCUCUGUGGUCCUGGGCACUUUUGCUAUCCAGAUUGUCAUUAUUCAGUUUGGAGGGAAGCCCUUCUCCUGCACGGCGCUCACCAUCGACCAGUGGCUCUGGUGCGUGUUCAUCGGUGUCGGCGAGCUGCUCUGGGGUCAGCUCAUCUCGGCCGUGCCCACGCACCGCCUCAAGUUCCUGAAGGAGGCCGGCCACGGCAUCACCAAGGCCGAGAUGCACGAGGAGGAGAUGAUCGAGGGCGAGGACGAGAUCGACCACGCCGAGAUGGAGCUCCGCCGUGGCCAGAUCCUCUGGUUCCGAGGACUCAACCGCAUCCAGACUCAGAUGGACGUGGUUAACACAUUCCAUGGCCCUGUCCCCGGGGCCCUGCGCCGACAGCCCUCCGUGGUCAGCCAGCAAAACGAUAUUAAGGUGGUGAACGCGUUCCGUAGCUCCCUUUACGAAGUCCAGAAGUCCAGAAACUCCAUCCACAGUUUCAUGUCCCACCCUGAGUUCGUGCCCCUGUCUGAGGAGGAGGCCCAGAUCCCCUCCAUCAAGGAGGAUGAAGAUGAGGAGGCGGAGGAGGGAGCGAGUGAGUCAGCCAUCCAGCCCGCCCCCAGCACAAAGUGACCAACAUUCCGCACAAACUGGGACCCCUCCCAACUCCCCCACCUCCCCAAACUCCAUUGAAACAAGAGCACUGCCGGACUCCCAUCUCCUGUCACAGUACCGUGUCACAUCACAGCCUGAUGAUGGGACUGACUCUCUGUUCUCCUGACAUACGACACCCAACCGCACCGCACCACACCACAGCCUUCUCCUCAGAACAGGGCACAGACUCUCUCUCUCUCUCUCUCUCUGUCUCUCUCUCUCUCUCUCUCUCUCUCUCUCUCUCUCUCUCUUCUCUCUCUCUCUCUCUCUCUCUCUCACUGUCUAUCUCUCUGUGUCUGUCUCUCUGUCUCCACUUCUACUGCCCUCUGGUGUUUGCACACCGCUACUACAUCCAUGUACAGACAGCAAGCCAGCGCAGUGGACACCUCCAACCAGAAAGGCAACAGACCAGCAGGCCUGUAACACCCCCCGUUUCAUCGACUCAUCCUCCCCCUUCCAAUUUCCCCCAGUUAUGUUUUGCUAGACAUGUCUGUAAUGCUUUAAAUCUAACAUAUUCUUUCCAAAAGAUGGCUAAACAUUGUAAUUUAGUUUAUUUUUGUUUGUUUAUUUGUUUUUGUUUCUUUUGUAAACAUAUAUUCCAUAAGCAUCUUUAAAUACUUACUAAUGAGCGUGCGUGUAUGUAUGUGCGCAUGGGCGUGUUCUCAGUGCUUCUGUGAUUUCACAUGUGAGGGCCAUUUGAACAGGAUGUCUGAAGCCAAUGGACCGUGGAAAUGAACAGAUAUUGUAACUCAGUUAUUUUUUAUUGUUAUUACUGGGCAGUUUUUAAUUGAUAUUGAGUUUGUGGUUAUGGAUACCAUACGGGCUUGGCCUCGUGAAACACAUCCUGCACUUUUAAAGGAAAAUGUCAUCAAUCUAACAUUCCAUGGUUUUUACUUACUUUACUAAACCGAACUCAGUUAGUGCGUGACGUGUGUGACCAUGAUCAUAACUCUGCUCUCUUCUGAACCAAACAGUCUGAAGGUGAGGCUUUGAAAUCCAACGCCUGCACUGCACCAGAGGAAUGUUGGUGUGUUGACGCUUCUAAUUGCUUUAGGUGUUUAUGUUUAUUACCCACAGACACUACUCUUGAUUGAUUGUUAUUGUACUUCCAUGCACAGGCCCAUGACAAACUACACAAUAUACUGAUGAUAUCAACUGGUAGAUAUCAACUAUCAGUGGGCCACAUCCUACUUGUUUACGUGUGCGUAUGUGAAUGCGUGUGUGCGUGUGCGUGUGUGUGUGUGUGUGUGUGUGUGUGUGUGUGUGUGUGUGUGUGUGUGUGUGUGUGUGGAAGUGAGUGUGUGUCUGUGUGUAAUGCCUACAUCCAUUGCAUACACUAGAAUUUGUGUGUAUUGCGUGUAUGAAGUUCAUAGGCUACGCAACAGUCAGUGCUGUAAUAUUUACACCAAAACAUCCAUCUUGGGUUUCUGACUAACUCUCAAUACAAACACAGGCUCUGAAAAUUGAACUUCCCCCUUCCCCUGCUCUUAGCUUCAGGAUCAAGUUCCUUUCAGAGGCUCAGCUCUUGUGCUAUGUCCCAGCUUUCUCCAUCCAAAUCUGCAAAAUGCUUCUGUUCUGAAAAUGUUAGAGACCCAUUGUCCAGCCAAAUUGUUAGUUGUCAACAGAACAUCCAAAACAAAAUUGUAUAGCCAAAUUGUUAGUUGUCAACAGAAAAUCCAAAACAAAAUUGUAUGUGAAAGGGAUCCUUUUUAGUAGGCAAUUACAUCAUUGUACAAAAAAAAGUGUAGGUGGAGGAAUUCCCUUUUGUGUAAUUUCUCAUAGUUGCACUCGCAUAAGCUUACACAUGUUUAUUUUUCUUCUCCUUCAUGGAAAGAAGGGAGUAAUUGAGAAAAGAAAUAAACUUCCAUGGCAUAGACACCUAUUUUAUUACUAAUAACUGAGUACUGCCAUAUUUGAACCUUAUUUUCAUAUCUGCAUUGUGCAGAGUUGUCGACUGCAUGUUUCUACUUCUCAGAGCCAUAUUUUAGGGGUUGCUGUUUAUUUCCGACCAGAAAAAAAAGACAAACUAAGUCACUGCCGAAUGACAAGAGAAAAAAAACGAAGCAGAUCACUUUCAUGUGAGGGGGAUCAAAGUUUGAAAAUAGUAAUAGGCUUCCCCUGCCUACUGAUUGUUUCCUUUGCCUCCUCCCACAGUGACUUAGACUGUGAGCUAGAGGCCUCCUGCACGAUUUUCAUAUUGAACUCAGUGUAUCGUUCCUUUUUUAACCACUCCUCUGUGGGUUUUAUAUUUACACUAGUACUUUUUUAAUAUUUAGUAAAAUAGACAAUUAUUGGUGUGUAAGCUGGUAAACCUGAUGACAUUAGUGGAGUGAGCAAAAACAAAAACUAACAUCCCUGUCAUCCUUAUCAAUGCCAUUAUUGAACCAUGCAUUCAAUUAUUCUCUAGUUUUACGGCCAAUUAAAACUAAAUGGUGAUGUUUACCACUGAAAGCCACGUGAUUGAGACACAGGCUAGACUCCGAAGCCUAAAUGGGCUAGCCUCUAGAAAAGUCCACUUUGCCUCAAACUGUUAUUUUAUUGAAGACAAUUGUCAUUGCAACUUAACUUUCCUACUCCCUUCUCAAAACAUUUCGUACAAGAUCCAGUUGACUUAAUAUUACACAGAUGUAUGAAAAUGUUUUUUUAUAUAUAAAUAUAUAGUAUGUAUUUUCAUUGUUGUUUCCUUUCUUAUUGCUUGAUCUGACAACAGGUUUAAUUUAUUUUAUGAAUGAGUGGUGCUCGCCAUUGACUACAGUUAAUAAUUGAUUUUUAAGUUGAGAUUUUCUCUUAAAAAAGAUUUUUAGCAGAUAGACGUAUAUAUAUAUUUUUAAAAAUCAUCAGAAACUUCAGAUUUGAAAGGACCUGAAUUUGUAUGAAAGGAAAAUGAUGUUCCCAUAAAAAAAUGUUUCUAUUGGACCAACAUCUAUUCUCUAGUGCUUUUUGAAAGUGUUAGUCUGUAUAAUUUCAGCGAUUUCAAUUGUUUUCUCUAUAAUUCUGUUAAUUUCUCAACUCUAUCUUAAUAUUAUUUAUAGUCAGCAUCCAAUGAAUAUGGACAAAUAGGAAGGUAAUUCUAUUAUCUCUAAAAUGUUUUUCAAGCUUUACAGCCCUGCCAAAGUUUUCUACAAUUGCCUUUUAUUUAAUCCCUUUAUUACAGUCAAUCACUGAUUGUUUCUACACCCUUAGUCCAAUUAGUUUUCCCAUAUGAGCCUGGAUUGCAAUUGUUUUAUGUGUUUCAGAGAUUACCCCUGUCCUUAAUGUUUCUUCAGACUUUAUAACGACUUCUGUCCUUUCUGUGCAGUGGUAUGUGAAAGAAAUGCUUUGUCUACCCGGGGCACAACUAUACAAAGGAGGUGAAUAUGUUGUUGGUCAAACAUUGGCCAGUUCAAAUUAAGUACCUGAUUUCUUUUCCAUUUUACUUUGAUACCUCUGGGAAAACAUAGUUAAUGGUAUUGCAAAUGUUUGGCCUGUACAUUGGUUCUAUAUUCUGCCGUGAGCUUCAAUAUGAUGUCCCUUAAGAUGUUGUGCAACUGCAAAACGACAUUGUUUGUCUAACCAUCUUGCGUGAAUGGCUCUUUUUACAACAGAGUUUUGGAGAGGUUACAACUCAAUUGUAAAUAAAAUAAUGUUAAAACUGGAAUAUCACCAAUGUAAGUCACAACCACUUAUUUAUAUGUACCAAGAGCUCAUGCUGUGUUUGACUGUCAUGGAACCCGGGUGGGAAAAGAAAAGAUGACAGAACAUUACAUUCUGUGACUCAUAUGAUGACAGUAAUAAUAAGCACUGGUGUUAUUUUUGUAUAAGCAUAAUAGCAUCUAUGUGGCAUGCAUGAAUUAUAAACAAAUUGGUGGUUCAAAGCAAUACGUACAACCUGGUGCGAUUGGUAUUUUAGUGUCCUGUGUAGCCUAAGCCAUGCUGUGCUGAGAGAAAAAAAUGCUUACUGUUCAGUAUAUGUGUUCAAUGUUCUGCAUGUUUAUGUAUGGAAUGAUACUCCCUCCUGUUUACUUCCUCCAUAAAUUUCCAUCUGCUAUUUUUUUUUCUCUCUCUCUGUCUCUGUCUCUCUCCCCCUUGUAUCUCUCAUUCUUUCUCUUACACACACACACACACAAACACACACAUGUACACACAAAUUCAAAUACUCUGGAUUUGUUUCUGUUCAUGUAUUUAUGUUGUUGCCUAUUUGUUAGAAAUGAGACACACUCUGACAAUAUUGCAAUGGCUGUGGGGAAUUGCUGACAGAAUUACCCCUGAAUCUUCCUAAUGGUCGAGACUAUCAAAGUAGACAUAAACAUACUAGUACUAACCUUUCAUUACUUCACAAAAAACACCAUUCACCAUUGUCUUGACAUUGAUUUGAGGAGCACAGGACAUUUUCACCAUAUCAUAUACAGUCAUCAUAUAUGAAGUGUCAUUUGAAGCACUACUGAAACUGUUGUAAUUGCCCACAGUGAAAUCACUUGUAAUUCCUUUACCUACUGGCCAAUUGGGACAUAUGGGAGGUCUAUAGGCAUCAAUUUAACUAUUGCCAGAUCCAACUCCAGGAAUUCUUGGAUUCAGUCUGUGAACGGCAAGUGAUGGGAAAAAAAAGUAGUUUACAUGCAAAUAGAACAUUCCAAAAUCUCAUCCUCAGGAGCAGUUGGUCUCCAUCACCACUGUCUCCUAUAACCUCCUCUCACUUCCUACCCACCAAUGCUCCAGUCUAUUCAUACCGUGCUGGUUACAUAUUAUAUAUUACAGUAUACAUACAUAACACCCAACUCAUGUGACUUGUGGUCAUUAUGUCCCUCUGCAUUCCAGGAAAUACAGGCAGACUAAAGCCAUCUGAAGGAUGGAUGUGUCAGUUAAAGGUGUAUUUGCAUGGUUUCACUUGACACAUUGAUCCCUUUCUGUAUGUACGCCCUUCUGUAUGGUUGCACAUAAAAAAGAUGUUUUCUAAA